CGAGAGAAAAGAAAAUAAAAACAAGUGAGGUUAGGUCAAAACGUGGUCGUUGUUCUAGUAGUGAAUCGAGUGAAUAUUCUUAUUCUUCGUAUCAAAAACAUAAUAAUAAAAAGUUUUGUGAAAUGAAUCGGUAUGAGCGCAAUGAUCGCUCUCGACGCUCACGUUCUCGAGAAAGAUCUUAUGAGCACAAAGACGGCUCUCGACGUUCACAUUCUCGUGAAAGAUCUCAUGAGCGCAAAGAUCGCUCUCGACGUUCACAUUCUCGUGAAAGAUCUCAUGAGCGCAAAGAUCGCUCUCGACGUUCACAUUCUCGUGAAAGAUCUCAUGAGCGCAAAGAUCGCUCUCGACGCUCUCGUUCUCGUGAAAAGUCUCAUGAGCGCAAAGAUCGCUCUCAUAACUCACAUUCUCGUGAAAAGUCUCAUGAGCGCAAAGAUCGCUCUCUUACAUGCUCGUGAGAAGUCCCAGGAGCGUAAAGUUCGCUAUCGUCGUUCACGUUCUCGUGAACAGCGUCAUAAGCGCAAAGAUCGCUCUAGACGUUCAAGAUCACCAAAAAGAACGGAUGAUCAUAACAGACGGGACACAUUUAUUUCAGAGACAGAGCACAACUCUUUCAGUGAUACAUCUCGGUAUCAUGUUACAGACAGAGAAUAUGAAUCAUCUGAUACAGAGAAAAAUAUUUCUUUUAAGUCCAUCGACAAUAUGAAAGAUUUUAUGGAAGGCGAUGUACAGUUAAGUGAAAAAACACUCCACAUUUUAGGAGAUAAUUCGAAAGGCGGUAAUCCUGAUCAUGCUAAAGUGCAUAACGUUCUGCUGACAAAAUGGACGGAUAUUCUACAAAAUGGUUUAAUAAAAGAAACCUUAGAUGAAGUAUUAAAAAAGCUUCCUUUCCCGAAGGAAUUCGAAGCCAUUGCUGCUCCGUUGGUAGACCCUGAAUUUAAAUACUCACUCGGUGAAUCAGGUCUUAAAAAAGAUAAUUUCCAAAUUAUCUCUCAAAAUAAAAUAGGUGCAGCAAUGUAUGCUAUUGCUCUCGCCUUGACCAUUAUUUUUAAUGACGGUUGCAAAGUUGACCUAAAAAUUACUCAGUAUUUAAGCGAUGCAGGUCGAAUUCUUGGUGACGUGCAUUAUAAUGUGUCAAUAAUGAGAAGAGCAUUUAUUUUACCAAAAGUUAAUCAAACUGUCAAAGAAAUUAGUGAUGGCUUGCCAAUUAGUAAAUUCCUGUUCGGAGAAGAGUUGAUUUCAAGAAUGAAGGCAGCUAAAGCGGUCGAGAAAUCCAGUAAAGAUCUAAUGAGACCAUCAACAUCUGGUGUCAAAUUUAAAAGAUCUAACCAAAGAAGUCAGCCAAAGAAGACACAUACUCCAAACUACAAAAGGACUCCGACAAACUGGAGAGGCUCGAACAGAGGUGGCUACAAGAGCCGGAACAGGGGCAACCUGGACGGGCCGAAGAAAACGAACCGCCCAUAUCGUCGUCAGUAUUAGAGGUAAGCAAAACAUCAGGGCGUAUAAGGUAUUUUGAAAAUUCAUGGGUAAAAUUAACUCAAGAUUCAAUUAUCCUCCAAUAUGUUACAGGUUAUAAAAUACCUUUUUCAAGAGAUGUAUUCCAAAAAUUCAAGCCGAGUAUUCCUUCAAUGACCGAGUUAGAAAUUCGAGAAUAUUCUCUAGCUAUAGAUAAGCUCGUUAAAAAAGGAAGUAUUAGAAAAUGUCAACCGUGUAAGAAACAAUUUUUAUCGUCUUAUUUCUUAGUUGACAAACCUAACGGUGAAAAAAGGUUUAUUUUAAAUUUAAAAAAGUUGAAUGAGUUUAUAGAACCACCGCAUUUCAAAUUGGAGGAUCAUAAAACAGUCAUUCGAAUAUUAACUCCAAACUGUUUUAUGGCGUCGUUAGAUCUAAAAGACGCAUUCAUGUUAAUACCAGUCGCGGAAGAAUUUAAAAAAUAUUUGCGUUUUGAGUUUUGGGAACCCUCUAUGAAUUCAAUUGUCUCCCUUUUGGACUUUGUACAGAUCCUUUCGUGUUUACCAAGUUGUUAAAACCUGUAGCCCAAGUAUUGAGAAGUGAAGGUUUAAAAUCAGUAAUUUACUUAGACGAUGUUCUUUUAAUAGGAAAAACUAAAGAAAUUUGCCAUGCAAACAUAAUACGAACAAAGGAAUUACUUGUCUCAUUAGGUUUUAUCGUAAACGUCGAAAAAUCAUCACUAAACCCAUCUCAAAAAUGUAAAUUUCUUGGUUUUAUGUAUGAUAGUCGUGAAUUUAACGUCAAAUUGCCACAAGAAAAAAGAGAAAAGAUUUUAAAAUUAACAAAUAAAUUUUAUAUUAAAGAAGCUUGCAAAAUUCGAGAUUUCGCCCAAUGUAUCGGUGUACUCGUUUCAGCUUGCCCGGCAGUCAAUUAUGGUUGGCUAUAUACAAAAAAUAUGGAAAGACAAAAAUUUUUAGCAUUAAAGAAAAGUGAUAAUAAUUUCGAUGUCGGAAUGAAGUUAUCACAGGAAGUAAAAUUAGAACUAGAUUGGUGGAAAAGAAAUGUCAUCAUAUCAAAAAAUCCUAUUCGAGAUUCAAGUUUUCAUUCCGAGAUAUUUUCAGAUGCUUCCUUAACAGGCUGGGGCGCGUAUUGUCAGGGUGAAAAGACUCAUGGCUGGUGGAAUUUAGACGAGCGAAACGAAAAUAUAAAUAUGUUAGAACUGCGAGCAGCGUUUAAUGCUUUAAAGUGUUUCGCUUCAAAUUAUCAGUCUUGCCAAGUUCUUUUACGAAUUGACAACACAACAGCGAUUUCUUAUAUCAAUCGCAUGAGCGGUUUACAGUUCCCAAAUUUGUCUGAAAUCG